CCCUCCGCUCACACUUUGUGGACGGUCCCUGGCUCGGUGAGGUGUGAGGCGUUCACGGAGCCGCUCCGACGGACUGUUGAAGUCUCUGCUGGAGAGGGAUGUACUGAGAAGCCUGCCGAGCAGACACACUCCACUUCUCUGCAGCGGCACACAGCUGGACUCUUUUACCCAACAUGAGGAGCGUCAAACCGACGGAAGGGUGAAGUUUGGUGGAAGUUUAGCGGAAAGGUCCAAACAGUUCUUGAGAAAUGACGAACCUUGAACCAAAGAAGGACUUUCAGCCCCCGUUUUAAAGGCCAGCACGCUGUCUUAGUUGAUUCAUUCAUUGAUGGGAACAAUGUCUUUUUUGACCAAAAAGAAGAAGUUCAAGUUUCAAGUGCAGUUCACACUGGAGGAGCUCACAGCAGUGCCGUUCGUCAACGGAGUGCUUUUCUGCAAGAUCCGGCUCAUUGAUGGUGGGGACUUUGUCAUCUUGUCAUCCAGGGAGGAGGUGCAGCAGAACUGUGUACGAUGGAGGAAGAAGUUCUCUUUUGUGUGUAAAAUGAGUGCUAAUCCAAUCACUGGAGUGUUGGACCCCAGCAUCUGCAGGGUCUCUGUACGCAAGGAGCUCAAAGGAGGAAAGGCCUUCUCAAAGCUAGGUUUUGCUGACCUCAACAUUGCAGAGUUUGCUGGUUCAGGCUCCACAGUUCGCUGCUGCAUCCUGGAGGGUUAUGAUACCAAAAACACUCGACAGGACAACUCUAUCCUCAAGGUAACAAUUGGCAUGACUCUUCUGUCUGGGGAUCCCUGCUUUAAAACGCCCACCAGUACAGACAAAUCUGUCUCCACUUUGAAUGACCCCACCCUGCAGCUGGACUGUAAGGGUGAGAGCACUGAUGCUACACUGCAGCCACUGGGAGGCAUCGUGGAGGGUCCUCGCGCCUUCAAACCCAGACAGUUGUCAGUACAUAGCUCAGGCCGACCUGAGGAGGGAGAGAGUGUGUCCAGCCCAGACGACAUCUUUCACACCGGUCAUUUCCGCAGCUCCAGCUACGCCAGCCAGCACAGCAAGAUCUCAGGCUACAGCACAGCUCACUCUCGAUGCUCCAGCCUGACUGACCUCAGUCACCAUAGGAAUGCCUCCUCCAGCAGCAGUGCCUCCUGUGGGUUCGCCCACCCUUCCCAACCAUCUCCCUCCACCCCGACCGAGCCACACCGACAAGCAACUCCCACCAAACCAGAGAGACCUCCUCCACCCUCUGCAGCGGCCCUCAUGUCCAACAGAUCCUCCAGGAGGAAGAAAGACACUGUGGAUAGGCAGCCCAGCUGCGUGGACGACACUCGCAUUGAUGCAGACGACAUCGUGGAGAAGAUUGUCCAGAGUCAGAACUUUUCUGACAGCAGCAACAAUGAAGACAGCAACUUGAGACUGUUUGUCAGCAAAGAUGGGACCACUGCCCUCAGCGGGACACAGCUUGCCCACAGAGGAACACCUGGUAUUUUUGAGCCCGUGGUCAUCGAGACUCACUGAGUGAUGCAUCAGCAUGCCUGCAGCCUCAUCAACUGCUUGUCUGUGACUGUGUAUGUGCAAGUGUGUGCAUACAUGUCUUCAGUGCAUUCAUCUUAAAGUAAGAUUACUAUGAUACAGCUAUGAAGCCUUUCUACUAUAUUUAAUCAGGUGUUGGAAGGUGUGUAACACACGAUUAUGGUAUGUAUUCAAAGAGUGGACAGGGCCUUUUUUUCACCUUAAAUGAAGAAAGAACCAGGCCUUUAUUUCUAUUUUAAUUGACGUUUCACAGUUCCUGUUGUUUGACGUUAACGCAGGUUUAACACGUCCUCUGUGUGUCUGUUUUACAUUAAGACACUUCCAGCAGUCCAGGGAGAAUAGUUCCUUCCCUUUCCUGGGAAGCUUUUAUUGUGGAAGAUCUGCAGGAAGUGUUGAGUUUCAGCAUAAUAACUGCACUGGCAAAGUGCAGCAAAGUAGACUCAAUCACAAUUAAUUCAACAGUGAAUGAGUAGACAUUUUUUAUACUCAUGCACAGGAAUUAGUCAUUUAUGCUCUAAAAAUACCUAAUUUAUGUGCACAAAUAAGGAAUUCAUGCUCUGGAAUUAAUGUCAAGUUGCUUUAACAUCAGGAACUGAAGUCACAUUUUGUUGUUUCUCAGGUGAGUUAGGGUGGAGCACCUUGAGCAUUAGCCCAACUGCCAACUGCUGUGCUUUGAUGCUGCGGUUCCUAAAAAUAGGGAAUUAAUUUCUUCAUAUUGAUUUUGUGUGGACAGGACAUUCAUUUCAAUUGUCAUUGUCAACUCAUCUCUCUAAUCUAUACAGCUGGGAACAGUCCAGCAGUACAGGGAUACAACAGUGUGUCACUUGCAGUAGUGUAAGGGCCUAAUGCAGUGCAAAAUAAACACUACACAUACAUUGUCAUGGAUAGAUUUUGCUCGCUAAACAAUUUUGCGAUCCUUGACAUCUAUAAAACAUUUGUGGAAACGUUCACAAUAUUACAUUAUUUUAAUCCAUGUGCAUCCACUUUUAGUUUGAGAGCAUUAAUGAUUUCGACUCAGAGAUGAGUAUUUCUGUUCAAAGGAGAAACUCAGAGCUACAGACAUGGCUGAUAGGAAUGAUGCAUGCACUCUGUAUUGUGCAGAAACAAGUCAUUUACUUUUCUUUUUUCUGGGCUGUAAUUUAAGUGCUAAUACUAUUUAAGAAUUCACAGUAAUGCAGCAGUUAUUUCCUUCACAUUGGGUGUGUGUCAAACCAGUCUCCAGUUCAGUAGAUUCCAAUAUUUGUCUACAGUGGCCCCUCAGAAAAUUGGCAGAAUGAUUUGUAAAACACGUUGAGCAUCACUUCAAGUCAAGGAUGCUUCUAUACCUCCAGCAGACCAAUAAAAAGUAUUGUCAAGCAUAAUAGAUUUUUCACAGAGCACAUUAAAAUUUGUGACAAAAUGAAAACAACAGUAAAUAGUGUAAAUAGGUAUAAAUGAUCAACAUAAAAUAGAUUUAAAUGAUCAACAUAAAAUCAUUCAUGGUGUUUAAGAAGAGAACAAGAAGUCUGUUAUCAGCCUGCCGUUGCAGCAUUAGAGCAGGUAAAACAGUGCAGCUAAUAAAGCAGCGAUUAGUACUGAUUGAUUAAACUGUGGCAGUGAAGCAUUUACUAUAAUAGAAUUUUUCAAUGAAUGAGAUACUAAAGUCAGACUUCUCCAUGGUGAAUCUUUUGAGCUGCAGCAGUGCUUUCCAUGAGACAGCACAACAAACGUGAACACACGUAGGAGCAUAUAAAAUGCACCAUACUUUACCUUUGCUAUGGAGGUUAUGGUUUUGCUUUAGUUUGCUUCGGAAAAAAACUGCAGGCCUAAUUUUCAUGAAACUUGGUGCAACACGGGCCAAGGAAGAACCCUUGAGGACUGUAUCCGAAUCACAGGGUGGAUACACAAAUUAUUUUUCACUUUUCAUUAACAUUGCAAGAUUUGGUCUUGGAGGAAUAAAUGCCAUACACCUGAAGGUCCAGGAGAUGGUAGUAAAGCUCAAUAGUGACAAAACAUAGCCAAUGGUAGAAAUACAACCACCAAUCCACCUCACGAUCCACAUUCACUGGCACCAGUAGCCCUCUGGGGCUUCAUUGAGAAAGCAGUCAAUUUAGAGCAUUCAGGGACAAAGGUGUCAUGGGUGAACCAGUACAAUUGAAACACUGCCACAGUUAUAACAGUGUUUUUUGAAAAAUGUAAAUAUACACAAAUCAUGCAACUAAUUGUACUCUUACUCACAUCCAAAUGUCAAAUUCUAGUAGUUUUGGAAAUAUUGUACAUCCAGACCACCUGCAGACUGUGGUUGUGCUUGCAGAUUUGCAUGUCAUAGAAGAGUGGACUAUUGGCCCUGGACUGGAGGGUAUCAAUGCUUAUGUAUACAUGCACAGUGUAUUUUUUUAAACUCUUUUUUAAAGAGAUACAGUAAGUUGCUCAUGUGAUAUUAUCCUGCGUUGCCUGUGACAAGUAACUGAUUCAUCAGCCUCCUAAAUGGCAGGAAAUCACUCAAUUAUGCAGUAAACCUCUUCGCUGUACAGGAAUUAACAUUACUAUAUGUAUACAUUACUGAACAAGGGACCAGUGUGAAACACGCCCAGUGACCUGUGCUAAGUGCACAAAUUACUUGAACAAUACCCUGUAGACCACCCUGCAUUUGGAGAACUGUAGUGCAACACUGAAAUAAUGGUGCAUUCAGGAAGGCCUGUUGUCAUUUUGUGACUUUACUAUUUGACGAGGGCCACUGAAUGUAGCACAAGAGGCAUCAAAGGUUCUUCUUGAGGGCUGAUGUCCUCUAGACUGACAAAGUCAAAAUCAGCGUGGAACUGAAACAGAAGCUUUUAUCCUUUUAUUAAGUUUUGAUGUUAUUUUAUCACUGUAUAAAUGUACUAUUAUAUUAUACUAUUUUGCACAUGUGUAUUUGGUGAGGAUUGUUAGAAACCACUUAUAGGAAAAGGAGAUAGCAUGGGUGUCUAAAAUGACAGAUGACGAUGACAUGUUCUGUUUUUAAGUUUCUUUGUUCUUUUCCACAUUUCAUUUCAGUACUGUUGUUAGAGGAUAAAAUGGAGUGAAUCUGUUAAGGGUUCUCUUAGGAGACAGCACAAGCCUGUGUUCAUAUGGCUGGCCAUAUGGACCAUUCAUCCAUUUGCUGCACUUACUCAAUACUUUUUCACUCUUUGAAUUUGAAUGCUCUUGUAAACUAAUCAAGAUUGUGAAAUUAUAUGGUGACUCAGUAAAAAAUCAUGUAUGUACUUGAUUUUUCACUGAGUUUUUGGAGCUAUAUCUGAUCUAUAUCUGUAAACUGCUGCUGGAAAUGGUGCUGAUGAGAGCAGGGUCUGUGGGCUGGAAAACCUAAAGAGCUAAAAGAGGCUAAAAAGCUCUGUAGAGCUGGGGGGGAACUGCAGCUGUGGGUUUUUCACUACAGUUGGCCAAUUUAGCCUUACAUUUACAACCCUGAUUCCAAAAACGUUGGGACACUGUCUAAAACGUACAUGAAUACAGAAUGCAAUGAUUUGCAAAUCCUUUUCAGUCUAUAUUCAGCUGAAUACAGGACAAAGAUAUUGUAUGUUCAAACUGAUAAACUUAAUUGUUUUUUUCUAAAUAUACACUCAUUCUGAAUUUUAUGCCAGCAACACAUUUCAAACAAGUUGGUACAGGGGCAACAAAAGACUGGACAAGCUGAGCAACAUAUCCUGAAGACGUCAUUUCUGCUUACUCCAAAAAGACGAUGCUGAGUCACAUUCUGCAGUGUUACAAUAGUCAGAGUCCAGGUGCUGGACUGACCUUGUCUGCAGUCCAGACUCGCUUUCUCUUUGAAAAGGUGUGGCGCAUUAUAAAGUGCAAAACACGACGACAGAGACCCCAGACUGUUGAGCAGCCGAAGUCGUAAAUCAAGCAAGAACGGGAAAAAUUUUACAUUUCACAACAUCAGCAGUUAGUGUCCUCAGUUCCCACACGCUCACUGAGUGUUGUUAAAAGAUAAGGAUGAGAAUGAGUGUGUAUUUACAAAAAAACAAUAAAAUUUGUCAAGUUUGAACAUUUCAUAUCUUGUCUUUGUCCUGUAGUCAACUGAAAAUAGUUUGAAAAGAAUAUGCAAAUCAUCACCAAUUCUAUUUCAUAUAUAUGUUUUACACAAUGUUGCAACUUCUUUGGAAUUGGGUUUGUAGUUGUUUGAUCCAUUUUCAACACUAAAACAAUGAUGAGUGUAGCUUUAAGACACAAUAUUUUAAGAUUGAGGAUCUGAUUGUCAUCAUUUGAUCAUGGUGUUUUGGCUGCUGCUCGAUCAAAUCAAUACAAGCUACUUAAUUCAGUCAGCCAACAUCAGCUGCAUUCUGCAGCAAACUGUCACUGAGAGGCCCAGAUUAACAAACAUGACAAGAGGAAUGCUGGCCUCCUACUCACUGCUGUCCUGCUUACCCUCUGCCGUCACACCGACUCUCCAAGGACACUAACUUUAGCCACAACUCAUUGCACUUUGUAGGUUUAGGUAGUUUUGUUCUGUGAGGGUGCUGCUAUACCGUAUGACUAUAACUCAUAGCUUAACAAGAAAUUCCUUUUUUUCCAUACCAUAGUUGAAUAGCUGAACUCUGGCCCUGUCGCUUUGUGUACAGCGCUACUGUGACAGUGAUACUGUUUGGAGGUCAGUCCUACAGCUGCAGCGGCACAAAGCCCCUCUUGUACCAGGACUGACAGUACACAAUAGAUCCUCACCCCACAGGAUUCAUGUGUGUGUUUGUGUGUCUGCAGUGUGUGUUUGUUCAUGUCUUUGUUGAUACUGUACAGUAUGUGUGAAUGUUCCAUUACUGUAUAUGCAUGCAGGUCAUGCAUGUUUGACUGAUGUGAUAGGAUGUAUAUCAAAUACUGCAAAGCUUUCUUUUGAGUUUUGCUGUGGUCCAUCAAGCCCUGGUUAAUACUUUAUAAAACAAGCCUACACACACCUGGGGAACCUGUGGUUCUACUGAGGAGAACUUUUCAGCUGCUGUUUAGUGUGUCACACAGGGCUCCAGCCACAGCAGCAUCUUCUAAAGCACAAAAACAAAGAAUGUACAUAAAGUACAAUGUCUGUAUCAUUUCUGUAUCUUUAAAUGAGUGUGCUGUUCUCUGUCUCCUCCAAUUGCAGUCCAUAUGUUUCUCUUCAUUCUUAGAAAUAUAGUUCUCAACACUAUCCGUGUACAUGUGGUCAGUCCAUGUGCAUAUGUGGGGUUUCACUCAGAGAACCACAGUUAUUGAUUUUCCUUUUAUUUUCAGACCAGCUGGCUGGUCUACAGAUUUGUAUGUAAAAGCUAAUAGUAUAUGGUGAAAUGGGACUGAAAGGAUAAACAGUUGUUAUUUACAGUGAAAGGUGUGGUCAUUAGAGAAUACAUACAGUAAAGGGAACUGCUGUGUUGGUAAAUUGUCUGCUACUGUGAUUUUUCUUUCCUUAAUGUAACCUUUGGCCUUACAUUUAUAUAACUAAAUGUUUUUUUUAUGUAUUGAAAGGGUUUUUUCUUUCCUAAUAAUUUGAAAUGAAACAGAAUCACUGCAUAAUUAGAUUGCGAUUAUAUUGUGUUUGUAGUUGUAAUACUUGUGUUUGCAAAGGAAUGAGGUUUUGGGGAAGGUAAUACAGAAACUAUUGUAACUUUUGUAAUUUAUUCAGUUCAAAUAAGGCUUAGCAAAUUGGACAUAGUCUUGCAAUAUAUAUAUAUAUAUAAAGCACUUCUCUUACCAUUAAUAUAAAAAUGAACAUCAUUCUGUGAACAAUUUUGGUAUACUGUCUUCAAAAGUCAACUAGUGAAUUUAAAACUGAUCUUAUUUCCAGAAUGUCUUUUAUCUCCAAAUACAAAUAUUUUCUCUCCUUGUAUUAGAAUGCUGGGAAAUACAUGUAAAAGUCACAUCAAGGAUUGAGAUCUGUUCUCUUAAUCACUGUAUGUAAGCAGUGCCAGUGUUGAUGAGCAGAGAAUCAUUAUUUGCAUAAACAUUCCUGCCAAAUAAAGUGGCAAAGCCUGGAAUCAUCA